CUGUUCAAAAAUAGCCCUCUCCAUGGCACCAGAAACUUCCCUGAGUGGCCCACAGAUAGGCUCUAGGCUAAGGACUAGUUGUGUGUAUGAGAGUGUGUGUCUGCACAAAGACCAUGCGUUUACUACCGACUCUACUCAAAAUACGGAAGACACCGUAAGAUCUUUGGAUAGAGGGCCACUGUACACCUUUUGUAUGGUUUUGGUUGGGGGUGUAUUUGUUUUGUUUUGGGGAGCAUACCUUUAUUCAGAUCCACAGGCGACAGGCCUACUCUUUAGGCAUAUAAUUUCCACUGAAGUGACUGUAUCCAGUCCACCAAGUCACUUUGAGACAUGGAACCUUUACCUUUUCCUGACCAGUUUCAGGAAUUCCACCAUAUCCAUGGAACCAACGUGCGGCUAGACCCUACGGGGACCCAGGCUACCCGAGUGGAAAGCUUUGCCAACGGGGUGUGCUUUAGCAGAGAGCCCCUGAGUCCUGGGGAGAUCUUCCUGGUGGAGAUCGAGGAGAAGGAGCUUGGCUGGUGUGGCCACCUGCGGAUCGGGUUGACCGCCAGAGACCCUCUGGCCCUUGAAACGGUGCCUGAGUACUCCCUGCCGGACCUCAUGGACCUGGGGGACAGCUGGGUGUUUGCUAUCACACGCAACCACAACCGGGUGGUGGAGGAGGAGGCAGUGGCACCUGAGGGAGAGGGGGCAGGACAUGGAGGGUUGGCCGGGGGUCAUAGGUUAGGGGACGGUAGGGAAGAGGGAGGUAGGAGGCUACCUAGGCUGGGGGGUGGUGAUGUGGAAGAAGAAGCGAUUAAUCCCAAACCCAAGACGUUCUUCACAGACUCCCACCUGCACAUUGAGAAAGUUAAAAUCCCCAUGGACAAGCUGGUUGGUCGGAGUCGACCCGGACGUUUCAGCCACAUCCUGGACGACCUAUACAAGACCAAUGCCCUCCCCCCCACUGCCAGACGUAGCCGGAUAGGGGUGCUGUACGUGCCCAAAGGACAGGGCCUGGCUGACAUGCAUGUUGUCAUUAACGGGGAGGAUAUGGGUGCAUCAGCUAAGGGCAUCCCAAUGCUGCAGCCUUUGUAUGCUGUGGUUGAUGUGUACUCUGCUACAAAGCAAGUCCGCAUUGUCCAGGUGGAAUAUGGAUGUAAGUGUCAAGUGAAUGAAACCAAAACAUAUACAAUAUAAACAUACAAUUAUUUCAGACUGAGGUCGUUGUAGUUUCUAUUAAUUGGUUUUAACAAGGCCUUUCUCUCUUUCUUUUCUCAUCCAUUGCUUCAGUCUCCUCCCUGCAGACUCUGUGUAGAAAGUGCAUCCAGAAAAACAUAGUCCACAGGAUGGCUCUGGACUGGCUGGAACUGCCAGAGAAACUCAAACACUACUGCAAGUAUGAGUGACAGACGGAGCACUUUGGACUGAGCACCUCCUGAAGAAGCUUCUCACAAGAGCCGAACUUAAGAUCCAAGUGGUUUAUGCAUUUCAGAAAAGACAAAUGUACUUCAUGUGUUUACAUUUUUGUGAUCUUCUUUACAAUGAAUCCCUGGUCUCUUACCAGUUAUGUUUUCAAUUACUGAUUGACUUGUUCUUUUUUGUCAGAGUCAGAGAUGCUAUUUUUGAAAACUGGUAAAUAAAUGGAUGAC